AUGCCCCACACCGCGUCACCUGCACGUGCCCAAAGAUGCCUCGCCCCUGGCCUCCCCUGCCUCCCGCUCCCGCUGCUCGCACGUCGCGCUCCGCCCCUCCGCCGCGGCCACGCGCCCGAUCUGGCCACGGCCAGCGCCGCCCUGCUCCCCUCACCGCCCGCAACCGCGCAGGCCUCGCCGUGCCACCGCUGCCCAUUCCCUGCUUCCGGCCCAAGCCCGUGGCCUCGCCCUACCGCUGCUCCCCCUUCCCUGCAGCUGCGGCUGCUCGUAGCGGUGGGCGCCGGCGCCCCGCUGCUCCUCCGCCGCCCAGCGCCCGCUGCCGGCGCUCGCUCCCGCAUCAGCACCCGCGGGCUGGGCGACAGCGCCCCUGCGCCCGCACGCGCGUAA